AUGGCGGAUAGCAUGGAAGGCGUCGUCACCGAGGGCGAACAGCCCAAAACCGAGAAUGUCGAGCAGAAGACGAUUGCGGACAUCCGGGCCAACUUUGUCCUACUGGAACGAGCCGUAGCCCAGUUUGAUACCCGAUUCACGCUGCGCGCUCUGCGCUCAAUAUCAUCACUCCGCAAGAGGCUUACGGAUCGCGUACUAUGCUCUGUCAUUAUCCUGACAUACUCGCCCAACAACGCCACGGCGCGGACCUUUAUCGAGUACAUUGGCAUGGAUGGCGAGGCGAUACAGAACGUUGUAUCUCAGUACAAGGAGGAGGUGCAACUUAACAAGAACAACACCAAGGAACCUCUGCCUGAGAUUGACGUAUACAUAGCCAUCCUGAUACAGGUCUAUCUCUACGACCAAAAGGAAUUCGAAGAGGGCGCCGAGUUUGCUGAGAAGCUGGUAGACAAGAUCCGUGAGCUGAACAGGCGGACGCUCGACUCGCUGGCGGCAAAGGCAUACUUCUACUUCUCCCUCUUCCACGAGGAGAUGGACCCCAAGCCCCCGUCCAAGCAAUCGCCCGUCAUCAAUAUCCGUGGAAAGCUCCUCGCUGCUCUCCGCAGUGCAGUGCUUCGAAAAGACCCAGAUACGCAGGCUUCCGUCACCACGCUUCUCCUCCGAAACUACCUCUCGACCGCCGACAUUACACAAGCCGAUCUCCUCGUUGCGCAGACACAAUUCCCACCAAACGCACCCAACAACCAGGUUGCGAGGUACCUGUAUUACCUUGGACGUAUACGAGCUAUCCAGCUCUCCUACACCGAGGCACACGAGCAUCUCAUCAGUGCCACGCGCAAGUCGCCGUCUGCCCACUGCGCGACGGGAUUCUACCAGGCUUCUAUGAAGCUUCUUAUUGUCGUAGAGUUGUUGAUGGGUGACAUCCCUGAGCGCGAUGUCUUCAGCCAGCCUCGUCUGGAGCGUGCCAUGGAACCUUACUUCCGUCUGGUCCAGGCUGUCCGCGUUGGUGACCUUCAAGGCUUCCUGAAAGUGGUCCAGAUGUCAUCUUCUGUCUUCCACCGUGACGGCACCUACACGCUCAUCCUGCGCCUGCGACAAAACGUCAUCAAGACCGGCAUUCGCAUGUUGUCGCUUUCCUACUCGCGCAUCUCCCUCCGUGACAUCUGCAUCCGCCUCGGCUUGGAGAGUGAGGAGUCGGCCGAAUACAUUGUUGCAAAGGCUAUCCGUGAUGGAGUCAUAGAGGCUUCCAUCGACCACGAAAAGGGUUUCAUGCAAACCAAGGUGGCUGGAGACAUUUACGCCACCCGCGAGCCUGGUGAGGCGUUCCACGAGCGCAUUCGGGCAUGCCUAACCCUACACGACGAGUGCGUCAAGGCGAUGCGUUACCCCAUGAACCAACAUCGUCUGGAACUCAAGAACGCUCAGGAGGCACGCGAGAGAGAACGCGAGUUGGCCAAGGAGAUUCAGGAUGGUGAUAUUGACGAGGAUGAUGCGGCUGGUGACUUUGAAGGCUUGUAAAAGCUUCGAAGCUGACGAUCUGAUGCUCGAGCAUGUAAGAUAGCCGCUGGGCUGGCAUUGAUAGACGGGUGAAGGGACAUCUUCACCAUGCAUAAAUGAACAGAAUCGACAUGAACUAG